UUAUUUUUCAUUCAGUAGUUCUUGUGUGUAUAUAAUGAUGAUAUAAAUUGAUGAUCAACAAUAUAGCAGAUCUCUAAGCUUAUUUCAUCCUUUACAGUUUAUGAGCACAACCUUAUCUCUUAAGAUAAACCCUCUUAAUGGCCCAUGUGGGUCAAAAAUGCAAACUGUGAAAAGGAAACUGAUUUGUCUUGGGUAGUAAUAGUUAAAGAAAAUCAAUAACAAGACUUUUUCUAAUUUACAGUAGGCAACAAUACAUUUUAAGAUCUAUCAUUUGUUCACUCAGUGAAAGUAUGAUAGAAGAGUAUAAUUUCAGUAACAAUAAACUGACUGAGAACUACAGAAAAUGUAUAGAUUGUCUUAUCAGUCCCCUGAUAAUGCCUGGUAAUAACACCAAGAUCAGUUCUUGCUGAUUUUCAUUCUGCUUAACAGUCUCUCAAGAUGAAGUCAGAACUUCUGCUGGUGUUGGCUUUGUCUCUCUGUGUGAGCACUAAACCCCUGUCCAUAAAGAAGACGUAUAAUAAAUUACUGCUGAUCUCUUUUGAUGGUUUCAGGUGGGAUUACGACCAAGAUGCGGACACACCAAAUCUGGAUAAGCUCGUUAAAGAAGGAGUGAAGGCAAAGUACAUCAAUCCCCCAGCGAUCACCAUGACAUCUCCAUCACAUUUUACUACUAUUACUGGGAGAUGGAUAGAGGAUCAUGGUGUUGUCCAUAACCUGAUGUUUAAUGAUACAACUGGCAUGAGAGUUCCCCAUAAGGGAACACUUAAAAGAUCAGAAUGGUGGGAUAAUGGUGCAUUGCCCCUGUGGAUAACAGCCCAGAAUCAGGGUCUGAAAACAGCAUCUUUUUACUAUCCUGGUGGAGGAGUAAAUUACAGUGGCCAAGCUGUGGAUCGUUCUCUGGUGGAAGAUCAUGGUUAUCCUGAUGACAACGAGACAGAGUGGCGACAGAAUAUAGACACUGUGAUGGGAUGGUUGACCAAAGAGGACUUUGACUUUGUUACUCUCUACUAUGGAGAACCAGAUAAUGUGGGUCAUGUUGUAGGCCCCGAAACCCCAGAGAGAAGAAAGAUCAUUGAACAGAUCGACCGCACUAUUGGCUACCUCAGGGAGGCAAUUCACAAGAAUGGUUUGACUGAUCAUCUCAAUGUCAUCCUGACCUCAGACCAUGGAAUGACCACUAUUAAAAAGGCCACUGAGGUUCAUGAGAUAAAACUUAGCAAUUACAUGAGUUUAAUAAAUUUAACCCGCUUUGACCUGCUCGACUAUGGUGGGUUUGGGAUGAUCACACCUAGGGAGGGCAAAGUACAGGAAGUUUAUGAUGCCCUGAAGAAUGCGCAUCCCAAUCUGACGGUCUAUAAGAAAGAAGAGAUUCCAGAACACUUUCACAUUGGUAAACAUGAGAGAAUUCAACCUAUAGUCCUUCUGGCAGACCUGGGGUUCAAUAUCAACUCUAGGAUCAUUUUGUAUAUCAACAAAGGAGAUCAUGGGUUCAGUAAUGAGGAAAUGGAUAUGAAAAUGAUCUUUCGAGCCUUUGGACCAGACUUUAAGAAUAAUUUCUUGGCUGAGCCAUUUGACAGUGUCAGCAUCUAUCCGUUGAUGUGUAAGCUGUUGGGUGUAGUUCCAGAAGCAAACAAUGGAAGUCUCAGUGACACCAAAGGCAUGCUUGUGGAUAACUUUGAUGUUGGUGGGAGCAGUGGAAGAAUCAAUGUGUCUUUUACCCUUCUGAUACUAAUGAUAGUUAUUUUAACCUUCAUUUGAAGAGAUUUACCAAACUACUUUUUCAUAGCAAUCAGCAAAUCCUGAAUGCAUUUAAACUACUAUAAUCACCUAAAUGAAUUAAAUUAAGAGUAUUGUUUUCUAAGUUUUAAAUUGAACUUUUUCCUUUCAUAUUUAUGUCAUUAUCAUAUUAUGUUUAUAUCAAGUCAAAUAAAACAAGUUUAUACUGAAAGUU